UCCACUGCGAAACUUGGUGAGUACUUCGCCAAGCUCCCUGCAUGCAAGGCUGAUGGCACGAACUGGAUCUUCUUUCGUGACUGCUUCCUUUUUGCUGUCGAUGCUGUGGGUCUGAGCGACCAUUUUGAGAAUGUCAUGACUGCAACAAAACUGACUAUGCCAGCUGUGGUAGAUCCCAAGAAUCCCACAGCAGAUGAGACAAAGGCAAUGAACGAGUACGUGAAGAGGUGCCAGAUUUGGAAGUCUGAGCAGGCUGUAAUCAAGCAGGGAAUUGCCUCAGUCAUUUUAGAUUCAUUAUUCUUGAAGGUGAAGGGCAAGGCAAUGGCAAAAAUGAUGUGGGACAAGGUAAAGUCAGAGUAUGAGAAGAAAUCGAAGAUGGUCACAGUUGAUCUG